AUGGCAUACCUUACUCAGCAACACACUUACCCAAUGCGGUCAACAAACAAAGAGCCCCAAUGGGCAACCGUCUAUGACGAUUUGUUCAGCCAAUACGUGGACAUCGAUGCAGACGACUUCAAAUUCGGCACGAGCAGUUCAGACGAAGCCAGCAACAAUGAAACCAUCAACUCGAUCGAAGGCCACUUCACCGACAGUGGCGACAGCAGUUCCUCGGAAGCAGCGGCCAGACGUCUUUCAGACGAUUUCUGGGCCAGAACACUCGCCGUGCUGGAAGAAAGCGCCUCGUCUUUGGAACAACAGCAAGACGGCAAACAACAAAGAGAAAGCGAGCAACAAAACCACCGUCACAAUUUGUCGCCUGCCGCUUCUUUUUACAAUACAAAGAAUACUCCCCAUGCGGAUUUUCUCAGCCUUGGUGGUUUCCCCAGUCCUCACAUCUCGACUGUUCCAUCUUCGCCUUCAGNNCUGGAAGCAGCGGCCAGGCGCCGGAAAGCAAUCAAGUACCAGCAAGAACGCUCUGUAAGGACUCCUGAAAGACCUGUUGGUGUGACGAAGACACACCGUUCGUCCAGCAAGUCGCCAAAGAUGAUGUCGCCUUCGCGUUACAGGGCUGGAGCCCAAGACGCCUGGAUGGAGAGCAUCUACCAAACUCCCAACAGAAUGACCAGCAUGACUUUGCCUGUCAGAAGCAUGCCUUUGACUCCUCCCUCCAGCGGAAGAGGCAAACCUGCAGUCGGACUCGGCUUCCAAGGAUGGAGUGACAUUGACGCUUCGCCUUUCCAGCCAUUCACAAACUCCACUGAACAAUCAUCACCCUUUUCGAACACCUUCAACCAACAGAGUAUGCCCAGACAACUCUACAGCCCUGAAGCCUCUCCCCUCACCAGCCCCAGCGUUGAACGCGGAGCCCUGUUCGCCGAAGAACCCACCAUUUUCCGCGACAUCUAUUACGGACAACCCUCAACCACAGAUUGCUACAACAAGUCCGCCUGGAGCGCAAACUCUUUCGGAGCUGAGGACAUUUACGAGCCCUCUCCUACAUUCAGCCCAUGGAUGGCGAGUGAGAAGAAGGAAGCAGAGUACCAAGCCUCCCUGACCAAUUUCCAAGUCCACAACAGUCUGUUGCCAGCAAGUUACAAUGAUCCCACUUUAGCUCCUGCUUAUGCGGAAGAGCCAUUGAGUGGUCUGGAUGUAGCGGCGGAGGUUACUCCUUACUACACCACAAACGCUUACUCUACUACCACAAGAAGAGAAUCACGCACACCCUCGCCACCACGCAACCGCAUUGGAAAGCGCAACUCGUCCUCAAAGCCACACAGUCGCAAGUCCAGCUCGGAUCAUAAGGCAUCCAGAGCAAACAAGUCUGGCGGUUUUGUUAACUACACACCUUCAGACAGCGAGAAGCUGCUUACAGGUGUUGCGCCAUCGGGAAGCAGCAAGACGAAAGCCAGACGUGAGAGAGAAGCCGCAGAGCGCUGGAGAAGGUUCAGCCAGGCUGCCGCAAAAGCUGUCGCCGAAGCAGGUGGCGCACUACCUGAGGUUGCACCUGUAGCAAACAUGUUACCUCCUCACACUGACAUGGUCGAUACCGAAGCAGGAGGAAGUUGGACAAGAGCAUGA